CAUAAUAAUGACUUGAACUUCAAACUACUCGUUAAUCCGGAGUAAUGAUAGAACAUUGCAUAUGCAACAGAAGUCAACACAACAACAAUUAAAACACACCCUGAGAGGGAUAGAUAGUAGGAUUGAGAGACACCCUUUAACGCUUGCUUUCACUACUGAGCAACAGAAGGUGGCCCUCCAUCUAUCUAUAUUACUAGUUUUUGUACCUUUCCUUCUUUCAUUACCAUUUGCUCUUUCUUCCUUUCAAACAUAAGGGAGGUGAUUCUGUGUUUUUUUUAAUAGGAUCUUUGAGGCCAAACCCCAUCUCAAUCAACCCUUUAUUUCUCUCUUGCUACCUUGAAUUUUCUCUAGUCUUUCUGUGCAAAACUUGCAGCCCUUAUUCUUGUAGAAUUGAUGUCUGGUUUGUACAAUCAGAUCUCCUCACCUUCAACAGCAAGGGCCAAUUCACCAAACAUAAACAUGAGAAGCAAUUUUGAGGUUGAAAGUCAGUACUUAACGGAGCUGCUAGCAGAACACCAGAAGCUUGGACCUUUCAUGCAAGUCCUACCCUUGUGUACCAGGCUCUUAAAUCAAGAGAUUUUAAGGGUUUCUGGAAAGAAUGGAUUGAUGCAGAACCAAGGGCUUAGUGACUAUGACAGAGUGCAGUUUGGAAGCCCCAAACCCAAUCUUAUGCCUUCUUUAGACAUACAACCUAAUUUUACAGGCUGGAACAGCUUGUCACAUGAAGGGUUAGCAGGAGUACAAGGACUAAACGUUGAUUGGCAAACAUCACCAGGUGUCCCAAGCUCUCACAUUGUGAAGAGGACAUUGCGCUUGGAUAUUGCUAAUGAUAGCUAUCCAAAUUUCAAUUUAGUUGGACGGCUUCUUGGCCCUAGGGGCAAUUCACUGAAGCGAGUGGAGGCUACCACAGGUUGCCGUGUAUUUAUCAGAGGGAAAGGUUCAAUAAAAGAACUAGAUAAGGAAGAGUUGUUAAGGGGAAGGCCAGGCUAUGAGCACUUGAAUGAACCACUGCACGUUUUGAUUGAGGCCGAAUUACCUGUCAAUGUUGUUGAUAUAAGGCUGAGGCAAGCACAAGAGAUCAUAGAAGAGCUACUCAAACCCAUGGAUGAGUCACAGGAUCUCCACAAAAGGCAACAACUAAGAGAACUUGCUAUGCUGAAUUCCAAUUUUAGAGAAGAUAGCCCUCAACUCAGUGGUAGUCCCUCUACAUUCAACUCCAAUUAAAUGAAGCGGGCCAAAACUGACCAAUAGCGUGUGUCUACAUUGAGAAUCGUAGUCGCAUUUGAUGUCAGUUCCUGCAUGUAAAUUCUGCAAAGCAGCAACAAGAAAACUUCACAAAAAGAUGGGAAGAAAAACGGGAGGGGGUGCAGAUAUUCAUUGCCACAAUCAAUUGUAUCAACAGACUUGUAAAACUAGGAGAAUUUCAUUAUUAUUAUAUUUUGACCGAUUGAUUAGUAUAUAUAUUUGUAGUGUCUGCUGGGACUUAUAAACUGAUUAUUGUUGGUUAUUACUGAAUGGAAAAAAGUGUUUGAUGUGAGA